UGUAAAUAUGAUAUUUGAUUCCUUGAUAUCCAGUUUAAGGUCAAUUUACUGUACUAGUACUCUUUGUCCUCACUACUAAGACAAUUCAGCACACUAGUAGUGUUUGGGGAUCAUAAUGUGUGGUAUAUUUAGUUUCAACUAGUAUUGCUUGGCUGGGUUACUGUCUACUGAUAUAAUGAUGAGCUUGUUUCAAUGUACUCACAAAUGUAGUUUUUGCUAGCGAUGUUCGAUACCGCCGAUUUCCUUGCCGAACCGAUACUUAGUAAAUUCGAGAUGGUUUCGGCAAUGCCGAUCCAAUACCGAAACUUUGUGCAAAUACGCCUCAUUUGUCAAGUAAUUAAAAAAAAAAAAAAAAAGGGGGAAUUUCAAAUCAUAGAUUCAUAAAAAAUACAAGCGAUUCGAGAAUUUAUUAAUUUGAAACUCUGAAACUUGCUGUUUUAUGUUAGUGGGUCAUUUCCCACUGGAGUGUUCGGGAUUCCCAGCUCGAAUUGGUGGAGUCCAACCACAGGAGUUGUCGCGCCCAGCAGCCACGUGCAUCGUGGGUUAAGUAGCAGCGCUAUUGCUUUUAAUCGGGAUUAGUGGGGAGCUGCCAUAUGCUUGAACCUCACCUCCCUGCACUCUGACCUUUGGGACUACCAUUUGGCUGCAGGGUUAACAAGGAAAUGUAGGACAUGGACCAAGCUUUUAAAACACACCAAGCCGUAGUGGUUUGUGGUAAAUUUUUAGUUUUACCCAGACGCCACAUGUAUGCCAUGAGGCUGAGCUCCAGGAGUAGAGAAAGGAGGGAAAGAAGGUGGAGGGAGGAAGAAGCGGUGAAAUUCGAGGAGAGUGACAUGAUUCCAAAGUCAGGAAAAUCUCCGGCGGACUCGCGGAAAAGUGUGGGCAUCCAUGAGUUUGCAGCGCUUGCCAGAUCAUCCCUGAACGGCAUCUCUCAGGCAGUGAGGGACCAUGUGACCAAGCCCACCUCCCUGGCCCAGGGCCGCGUGGCCCACCUCAUCGAGUGGAAAGGGUGGCCCAAACCUGCGGACCCCCCACAGGCCGCCCACUUAAGCUCCUAUUGCCACUUGAGCGAGGGCGAGAAGGAGGCCCGCUUCGCUGCAGGCGUGGCAGAACAGUUUGCCAUCGCCGAGGCCAAGCUGCGAGCGUGGGCGUCAGUGGACGAGGACGACGUGGACGAGGAAGAGGAAGACUCUAACGACGAGGACGCCAAAGCGGGCUCUCACGCCGACGUCACACCUCAGAGCACAGCAGACGCCGCCCCAUCCGGAGCUCUGGUCCGGUCUGAACGGAUUACCGAAGAGGGCGGCGGCAGCGAGGUGUGCGUCCACCACAAGCCCGAGGGGAGGCCCGAUCGUUUCGAUUCCUGCUACUCUACCUCGCACUCGGAAUCUCCCGGAGAGGAGGAAGAGGAGGAAGAGGAUGAGGUUUUCCACGAAGCUCGGGUGUGGAGCUCCAGCGGCUUGCCGUUCGACCGGGCCUCCUCCGGGGUGGCGUCCCUGGAUGAGGAAGACCAAGAGAACCGGGACGAAGGAGGGAAGAAGGAAGAUAAGGAGUAUUUGAUGUGAUGUGUCGUCCAUGUCUGUGAUUGUGGAGAUGACGUCAUCUGUUUAGCUUUGCCUUGUGUCCUUCUUCUUCUUCUUCUUCUUCUUCUUCAUCAUCUCUGUCUCCCGUCUAGUGUCAGGCCAAAAGCACCACUGGAGAAUUGCGAGCGGAAUGUAACACUGUCAGUUUUGUACAUUUUAUGGUGUCAAGUGUUGCUAUGGCAUUGUUUUUUUCUAUGGAAUAUUUUGUAGUGUUGUAUUUUGUCAGGGUUCAUGCUGUGUCACGUGGAUGUUGAUACUGAAUGUCCUUGCACACGUCAAAAUAUAAGGUGAUUUUUUUUCUGGGGGGAGCACACGAGAGUCUUGUCGUUUAUUUCCCGGCAGCUUCAAAGCAAAAUGGCAAAUGUGACCCAAAAUGGCUGCUUCCACCUAAAAUGGCCAACUUCUAUUCAAUUUAAGCCACGGGUUCUUUAGACUCCUUCAUGCGUCCUGUUAUGACAGACAUGGCCACGCAAUUUCGUGUAGAUUGGUCAAACUGGUGUCAGGGGCUAUUUUUUCAAUUUGCAAAAUUGCCUUUUUUUUUCAAAUUGACACCAAAAUGGCCAACUUCCUGUUCAAUUUCACACUCGAGUUCUUUUUUAGGCGCCGUUAUGAUAGACGUGCACCCAAUGUCGUAUGGAUCGGUCAAACUAGUGUCAGGGGCUCGUUUUAAACAUUCGUGUAGCCAAACUGACCCAAAAACGUUUUAUUCAAACGAAAAUUCCCGACUUCUUGUUCAAUUUCUGGCAUGGGUCCUUGAGACUUUUUUGUGCGUCCUGUUAUGAUAGUCUACCAAAUUUCAUGCCGAUUGGUCAAACUUGUGUCGGGGGGAUAUUUUUAAAAUUAAAAAAAAUUUUUUUUUUUUUUAAAGAUUUUUUAAAAUUUGCGUAAAGGGUCAAAUUGAUACAUACAUAUGUACAUGAUACAUACAUAUGUUGAUACAUAUGUCCACCCAAUUUAAUGAAUUUUUGGCAAACCGGCAUCACGGGCUAUUCCCCCCCCCCCCCCAACCCUCCAGGGGGCGCUGCUGAGUGAGUUUUGAGGCGCCAUGAUCGGGACCACUAAAAUGCACACAUUCUCACCAGCAAACACGAUUUUGCCAAAACUGGUGCGCUUUCAGCAGGCACGUGCACAGACAUUUUUCGGGGCAAGCCCCACCCCCCAAAAAUAGGGUACCCUUUGCCAAACUUAUUCAUAAAAUAAGAAAAAAACAGGAGUAUAUAUUUAACGAAUAUAUUUAUUUCCUUUAACACAAUCAACACAGUCAAUAUUACAAUUAUUAACAAAGGAGGUGACUAUUAACAAACAUCAGGUUUUUGUGAUAUCCAAAAAUGAGAUAAAAAUAAAUCAUUCAUAAAAUACGCUAUUAGUUAACCUAUAAUCUGUACAAAAUAGAGAGGGGAAGUCACAAACAACUGAGAUAACAUGGUUACACAAAUGCACACACCCUCUUAUAAAUGGAGACGUGGCUGUGUUCAAACGCAUGUUAAAUGGGGCUCAGCUCAUCCCUGCCACCAUUUUAAAGUGCCUCUGAUGAACCCCAAAUUAAUGAAGGUGUCAGCAUAUUUAGAAUUCUCCCAAAGACUCAAAUAAAUGGCACUCAAAUAUGAAAAGGGCUGCAGCAAAAAGGGCACUGUUUUUCAUCAAGAGCAAAAGGGCAGGUGCUUGAUCACCACUCGGCGUCUCUGUGUGCACGUGCCUGACUUUCGGGUAUGUUGAGGUCCCGCAAAAGGAGAUGCAUUCAUCAGAAGAAUAAAAAUAAACUGGCACCCCACCCUGGUGCUUGCGCACCAAAAAAAACCCCAAACUAACAUA